AUGCGAUGCUAUAAAUGUGGAGGAGCACAUGUGGUUAGAGAUUGUUCCCAUCCGGAGAAUGUUUGUUUCAGAUGUGGCAGGCCAGGUCACCUUUCCAGAGAUUGUCAGAUGCCAUCGACUCCAUCUGGGAGUUCUCCAAGGCCACCUAGGCCUACAGCUGCGGGGAGAGUUUUCUCUUUAUCAUGUAUAAAGGCUUCCACUUCAUUAGAUUUGGUGAAGGGGAAUGGGAAAGCAGCAGGUGAGAAUGUUUUGUUCUUGUUUGAUUCUAGUGCCACGCAUUCUUUUAUUUCUAUUGAUUGUGUAAGGAGAGUGGGUUUAUCAAUAUCUGUAUUGCAUGUUGAUUUUUGUGUCUACUCUGGCUUCAAUUUUUGUGGUGACGUCGGAGAUGUGUGUGAGAUGCCCGAUAGAGGUGUUCGGUAG